AUGGUAAAAGUUGGUUGUGAAGAACCAGCUGUGUCUAUGGAUUCUCUUGGCUUGAGAAACAAGGCUUUUGGACAGGCUUUUGAAGUUGUCUGGGUUGCAGAUUCGAGUCAGUAUGCUGUCAGAGUUUAUCAUGCCGAUAUUAAACUGAGCCAAUAUCUGAAGGACUGGAUCUCAAGAGUCCAUAAAAUAAGCACCAUAUUUGGUCAGUUAGAAAUAGGCCCACCUCGCAGUGAUAAAACAAAAUACUGCACUGAAAUGGGAAAAUUUUUUGAGAGUUUGCGUAAAAAAGUAGCAAUCAUAAAUAUUGAUCCAGCCAAUGAAAAUAUGGAGCAUAAGCUAGUAGUAGAUAUUUCUGAAUUAGUUAUACAUGAAGAAGUUAUAAAAACUUUAAAACUUGGACCUAAUGGAGCUUUGGUAUAUUAUAUUGACUUUUUUGAGAAAAAUAUUGAAUGGUUGAUUAGAAAAGUUCUUAAUUUAAAAAACCACUACCUUUUGAUUGAUUACCCAGGACAGGUUGAACUAUAUAUUCACCAUGAAUCUAUGAACAAAAUUACUGAGAAAUUGUCUACAAAUUUAGUAAGACUUUGUUGAGUUAGUUUAAUGGAUUUACAUCAUUGUAGUAAUCCAGGAUAGUAUCAUUCUUCAUUGAUGGUUUGUACGAUACUCAUGGAUAAUUUGAUAACGCAAAGUCAGUCAGAUGAGAAAUAUAAAUUAUUAAUCUGCUUUGAUGAAACUAAAGAAUAUCUUCAUUUUAAAGAAGUUGUUGAUAUAUUUUGA